UUGUAAUUAUUUAAGAAAAAUAUCAUUAAAUGGAAAUAUGGUACAAGUGAAAAGACCAAGAAACUACAAUUUACUUUAGAAGAAAAUCGUGUCACAGCAUUGUUGUAUGUGCUAUGUAAUUACAAGAGAUAAUUUUAAUCUACAAAUGUUUUAUUUCAAACCUUAUUGUGUCCUACUUAAACUUCGUUAACCAAACACCCGCUUUAUACCUUGUUCAAUUUCACUGAUGUCAUGUAUAUUCUAAUAUCGUUUUAUUCUCAUUGCGUCUUAUCGAUAUUGUCGAUUUGUACGUAAUUAAAUAACGAUGCAUAGUCACUUGUGUGCUAUAUUAUACUAACGAAAAACUGCACUCGAAAGACGUAAAAUUACCAAGGACAGAUAAGAAUGGAUCGACCAGUUUCGUCAUCAUCAGUAGUUUUGCGCGUGUCGCAUAUAAGUCUCACCUCAGCCAUUGCCAGUAUGCGUGUGUUUCCGUAGUAGCGAAUCAUUUCCAGAUGUGUCAACCUUACGAGAUCGGUACCUCAUACAAAACCGCGGUGCAGCGAGUUUCCUCGCGUCACGCUCGAACAAACCGCGGUAACGCAGCUGACAUUUCGUCCACUAGUCAAAAAAAGUGACGACAUUAAAAAUGCGUGUAAUUUUUGGAAAAUUUCGCGAGAUAUCGCAAAAAUAUCCAAUCGUAAGGGGGAUGGCAUCAUACACUAUCAUAUGGCCUACAGGAAGUUUACUCCAACAAAAAAUCGCCGGAAAUGAAGAAUUAAAUUACAUACAAGCAUUAAGAUUCAGUUUGUAUGGUGGCUUUUUUGUAGCUCCAACAUUGUAUUGUUGGUUGAAAUGCUCCUCAUAUUUUUGGCCAAAGUCAGAUCUUAAAUAUGCAAUUACCAAAGCCUUGGUAGAACAAGUCACUUAUAGUCCUGCUGCAAUGUGUUGCUUUUUCUUUGGUAUAAACUUUCUUGAAAUGAGACCAGUAUCAGAAUGUAUUGAAGAAGUUAAACGAAAAUUUUGGCCAACUUAUAAGGUCGGUGUUUGUGUAUGGCCUGUUCUGCAGACCAUUAACUUCUUUUUAAUACCAGAACACAACCGAGUGGUGUAUGUAAGUGUUUGCAGUUUAAUUUGGACAUCUUUUCUUGCAUAUAUGAAAGCAAUGGAAGGUAAACAAAACGAAGCAACAAAUGACAAUAAUAAAAAACAGACAAAUAAAAUUGAAAGUAAUCAUAAUAGUAAAUCUAUUGUAAAAACAGAGGAUAAAAGCAAACGAUUAUCUUCUACAUGAUAAAAAUUUAUAGGAAAUAUUUUUUAGCUUAAUUGAAUUGUUUACGUAAUUGUAUAAAAUUUAUUAUAUUGCACGAUGAGAUCAAUUAAAAUAUGUACGUAUUAUGUAUAGUACAAAGUAAGUUAAAAAAUUCAACUAUAUGUAUAUGUGUUCAAUAUGUGUCUGUGUAUUAUAAUAGAUAGGAUUUAAAUAAGGAACAUUAUAAAAUC